CGUCCACUGCAGUGCCCUCCAAAGUUUCUCAGGAGCAGAGCAGGAUGCCUCUGAGGAAGCAAAUUAUCAAGGAGGCCAGCAACACUCCCUCUGGAAGCCAAGAGACCGACGAAAACACACAGGAGGACGACGCUCUCGACGACAGAAUCAAUAAUGACGAGCCGUCAGCAUCACUUCUGUCACCGUCAUCAUCGAGAGAAAAACGCCGGAGAGAGAGGGAAAACAAAUCCAAACCCAAAGAGAUGACAGAGGAGGAGAUGAUGGACUUGGCCCUGCGUCUGAGUGAACAGGAAGCCAGUAUCACCGCGCUCAAGCUGCAGAAAGAGGAAGAGGCCGUGAUGAAAGCCAUCCAACAGAGUAUGGUCAGCCAGACACAACUGUGCCCACCUUCCCAAAGUCAGAGCCUGCUCUCUGUCGCUGAAACUUCACUCAGGCUCGGCUCUCGACGGAAACUCUUGUGCUCAAACAGGAAGAUGCCGCCUGCCAUCGAUCCGGGAGCGUCAGAGGACAGCUGCAGAACUGAGACAGACCUGGACCGAGGAGCAAAAGGAAGUGGAGAUGAAAAUACUAACGGGAAUAAAAAGCGUAAAAGGAAAGAAGGAAGUCCUCUGCUGGAGAUGCCGGAUUUGUCACAGACGCAGGAAGUCUUUUCUCAGGCUUCACCCUGCAGCUCAGAGUCUCUCUCAGUGGCUCUGGACUCACCACAGAGUUCUGACUCGACCCAGAUCGACGACUGUCAGCCCCCUAAAUCCCCCGUCUUCCCCUCGACUGGCUGCAGAGCCGAGGUUCACGUCCCCCGGCUGAGCCAGGACCUUCUGCAAACCUGCAGAACUUCAGGGUUUGUGUUGUGCUCUCAGGAAAGACGGACCCCGCCUCGAAGGUCUCCGCCUGCUCAACCCAAGAGUCCAACGUUUCCCAAAAGCUCCACCGACCUCACUUUAUCCAAGAGUCCUGUCUUCUCAGAGACUGAUCAGGGAGACGAUGGAGAGCCAGAGCAGAGUCCUGAGUAUUUUCAAAGUCCGGUGUUUGGCAGGAAUACUCAGCGUGAGAAGUCUCAGAGUGCCUGCAGACCCCAGGUCUGUAACUCAGGGUUCAUGUUUUCGUCUCAGGAGAGUUUAACCUCCUCAACAUCCUGUCGGCCCAAGAGCCCAGUAUUCCCAAGAAGCCACGGCCUUCCAGAGAACCUCCCUCCCCCAGAAAGACCAGCAGUCCGCCAAAGUCCGGUACUCUCAGAGAGCGACCGAGGGCAGACCGAGCACAGCCGACGCACGAGCCCAGUGUUCGGCAGGACUGGACAUAGACAAAACACUCACUCUGCGAGUCCUUCAGCUGCAGAGCUCCGAGGUUCAGGCAGUGAAGAGAGUCCGAGGCAGGACAGCAAGUCUGAUCGCAAUCAAGACGUCAGGUUAAACGAGUCGGAUGGCGCAGAGGAGCUGAAUGAAACCUCCAAAGACCGGAGCUCAGCCACGCCGGAGCUGACAAGCGACAUGACGCUACUCUGGUCUGACGAGGACGAGGACGUCACGCCGGUGGGCUCGCCCAGCCCGGUCUUCCCAGAGGAGAGACCUGUUCAUCGGGCCUCCCUGAACCACGUGGCUGCAGCCUCUCCAGCGAUGAACGGUUCCAACUGCAGACCUUCUUGCUAUUCCACGUCCACCAGCCGACAGCAGCUUUCCACCACAGAGCCAGAGUCACGGCCAGCCGGCAGUCCGGAAACGGUCAGCGGGCCGACGGUGCACUACUACUGGGGGGUUCCCUUCUGUCCACGAGGCCUGGACCCAGACACCUACACACAGGUGAUCCUGGCUCAAAUGGAGGUGUAUGAGAAGAGUCUGAAGCAGGCUCAGAGGUGUCUGCUGAGGAAGGCGGAGUGGGGGGAGGCCGUCCUGCCGGAGCCGGAGAAAUCUCCUCCCUCUGCCGAGUCGCCUGCUGAAUCACCUCAACAGCACGUUCCUCGAAGGCGUGGCCUCAGACUGAGAGGUAAAAAACUGUGUGAAGCAGCUGAUACCUCUCCAGCUGAGGUAGAUGAGGAGGAGGAAGAAGAAGAAGAAAGGAAGAAUGAAGAAGAAAAGGAGAAGCAGAAGAAUGGGGAAGAAGGACAGGAGGACACUGACUGUGAGGUUUGUCCAGAGACUCAACUGAGUGGUGUCGACGACGACGAUGACAGGACGCAAGACCUGAUGAUGGCCACAGACGAUGGAGCAGAGCUCCGACCUAAAAGCCCGGAGUCUGAGAUUGAAAUGAUUCUCCGAGAUGAUUUACCAGCCGUGAGCGAGCGGGAGGAGGAAAUGGAGGUGGACGCACCAGUGGACAGAAAAACAAAGGAAACGAACAGCAGCAGCGAUGUUGGAGGACAAAAUGUGAGAAAAAAGGAAGUAGAAGAGGAUGCUGGGAAUCCAGAUGUGGGGGAGAUAAAGGAUCGAGGGCUUCAGAGGUCGACUUCUCCUGAACUGGAACGAGCUGCCGUCCCUCGGAGCCCGGAAACCAAUGUGGACUGUCCCAUCUGUCAGGGAUCCUUCCCCGCGACAGAGAUUGAGAUGCACGCUGCGUACUGCGACGGAGAAGUGGCCCUCGUGGACGAGAGGAGGCCCGAGACCGACUGCUUCCAAGUGUCAAUGAAGCCACGUAGGAAGAGAGCAAGAAGCAGAGCAGAAGUGACGGAUGAGGAGAGUAACGACCACUCAAACACUGGCAAGAACCAGGAGAAAUGUUACAUCUGUCUGAAAGCCUUUCCUCUGAGAGAAUACAGCCGACACACUGAGCUCUGCAUCCAACGGCAGGCAUCAAAGACGAAAGGGAAUCUGCUGUCAGCACUGGAGCGAACUGAGAGCAGGAGUUCAGAGGCCGGACCAUCAGGAUCCAAACUCCAGCCAGCAGAGGUCAUCGAUCUGCGGGAUGAUGAUGAUGAGGAGGAGGAAGACGAGGAAAAGGGCGGCGUUUCAGUGCCCCGGAUCAGUAACUCUCCCAUCAGAGCCUUCACUCCGAUCUCAGAGGCCACCGGCUGCCUUAUCGACUUCAAAAAGCAGCGAGUCAAGAAGCUGAGCCAAAGACGAAGAUGAGGACGACGUCCUGAGGGUACAGACUGAAAGCACUGGAAACCAGAGCCUUAAACUAAAGACCUAAAAAACAUUUAUCAAUUUGGACUUACAAUUACAAAACACUUGUUUUGAACACCUUCCUGAUGUGAAAUGUUGAAUAUUUAUGCAGGUAAACAAACACAAAUUGAACAAAAUGUCACAUGUGCAAAGGAAACCAGAUUAUGACUCUUUUUUCUUUUCUUUUUUUUUGUGCCACUAAAUGUAUUCUCUAUUUGUUUAUUUAGAAGGUGUUCCAGACUACCUCUUCAUUACUAAAACAUUUCCUCUUUGUUA